GUCUUUAGCGCAGAAGCAAAUCGAAGUCGACUGCACUUCUCGCCUUGUCUUGUCUUUUUUUCCCUGGUGUCUGGUAGACGGUGGAAUACAGCGCAUCUGAUGCUAGCGCCUAGUUAAUUCUACAAAGGCAUCUUACUCUGAAGAGCCGCCCAGCUGGUCAUCUGCAAGCUUUUACUCUCUAUUCUCACAGCGUGCGCUGCGGCGCAUCCGACAAAAUACACCAUGGAAGACGAUUAUUCCUCUCUCACUGAUGAGAACAUGCGCCAAAUCUCCAGGCUAUGGCAUACCUGGAGGACGGUUCACCAGAUGCUCGACGACCGGGGCUAUGAAGUUUCCGACGAGGAGUUGAGCAUUUCCCACGAUGCCUUUCGGCAAAAAUAUGCAGAUGCAAUGGGAUUCGUGGAUCGAUCCAGAAUGAGAAUCGUCGCCAUCCCCUCCGAUGCCAUGAAGGCCAAAUACACACCGCUGAAAAAGCGAUCAACUGACCCUGAACCCAUUCCUGACUGCGGAACAAUAUACGUCGAAUUCUGCAACGACUCUAGCGGGGUCGGCGCCAAACAAGUGCGCGCUUUCAUCCACACAGUUGAUGAAGGAAACUACCACUCCGGCGUAUUCAUCACACAAACCCCCAUUUCGCCCUCGGCCGUUCGUCUUUUAACCACCCUCGACAAGCACAUCUGUGAGCAUUUCCAGGAAUCCGACCUUCUGGUCAAUAUCACGCGUCAUGAACUUGUACCCAAACAUGUCCUGUUGAGCGCAGAAGAAAAGGCGCGCUUGCUAGACCGGUAUCGUUUGAAGGAGUCACAGCUGCCUCGUAUACAGGUCUCGGAUCCUGUUUCGCGUUAUCUUGGUUUGCGCCGGGGCCAGGUUGUGAAGAUUAUCCGAAAAAGUGAAACAGCAGGUCGAUAUGCCAGUUACCGCUGGGUUAUCUAGAUUCGUCCUUUGAAGAUGGCGAUGAUUUGGGGGCAUUAGCUCUGCCAGUAUUGUUCGGGCGACGGAGUCCAUGACAACAAAGAUUACAAAAAGGCAUAGGGAACGGAUGAAAACUAAAACAAAAGAACCAUUCAUCUGAGAAAGACAGCAUGGCGUAAUGGCGUGGGGAAAUUGACGUGUUGAUAUUUUGACAUUCCAGGCACAGCUCCGGCGGUCGGCCUUCUCGAUUGUACCAUGAUGUAUUUAUGUUUGCUUCUUGAAUUACGUUACAUGGAACAACUAGCUAUCUAAUUUUAGGAAUUAAAAGAGCAUAUACCUGUUAAAUCGAUUAUUAUCGCCACUAGAUGAGAAGACUCA